GACUCUGAAGGCGUAGAGAUCAUGCUAGGAGUGUGCUCCAGUGGUCUGCUCAUCUACAGAGACAGACUGAGAAUCAACAGGUUUGCCUGGCCCAAGGUCCUCAAGAUCUCCUACAAGAGAAACAACUUCUACAUCAAGAUACGCCCCGGAGAGUUUGAGCAGUUCGAGAGCACGAUUGGCUUCAAGCUCCCUAACCACCGUGCAGCCAAGAGGCUGUGGAAGACCUGUGUCGAGCACCACACGUUCUUCAG